CAGUCGAUCUGCGAAAUUAUUCAAGAAACUAUUCAAAACACAAUGAGAAGCUUUGCGAUUCUGUUGUUGGCAACCGCUGUGUUGGCGGCUCCGACACAGAAGAAGGACAAGCGAAACUUGCUGUUGGAUAGUCUCGAUGUCUCGGACUACGCUCUCCCGUACAGCUUCGCGGGAUAUCCCACUGGACUGUUCGAUCUCGGCACAAGGAUAUUCCAGGGAUAUUCCCCUCUGGAUAACAGCCUAGUCGUGUAUCCUUCCGGAUUGGAAUAUGAAGAUCCGUUGUACUCGGGAAACUUCGGUAACAUCGUUCGCUUGAACCAACUUGCUUUGGCCGGAUUUGUGAGCGACAUCGACACAUUGCCGCUGAUCUUGAACUCGGCGCGUAACAAUACUGAGAGCAACAUUAACAACCAAGUUCUGAAUUCUCAAUCGGUGCCGCAAUCGCUCUCGAUCGAAGCGUUAAAGGACUACAGCGGUGUUGCCGAACCGACGGAGACGUCAAAACCCGUCACUCAGCAAGUACAGAACACAACUGGGAGUAACACUUAAUCCUGUAAAACGUUUUUGUUUUAGAUACGUAUCCUAUACAUUUGUAUUUGUACAUUCCUGUCGUUGGAUUGGUUAAAAUGUUGUAAACACUGUGUAAAAAUUCAUGGAACUUUAUUCAACAUUCUAUAUUAAGAAAAUAACAUUAGUUUUGAUAUGUUUCUUUAGUUUUUAGAAAUUCUUUCACUAAAUAAAUAAUAAAAUAUCUCAUAUUUGAGAAUCGGACAUUCAUGUUCGGAGUUUACAAGAUUAGAGUUAAUAAAACCCCGCUGUUAAUAUUGCA